CUGAGCCCAAGCCCAGACACCCGAGUGGAGGCGGACAGCCAGCCAGCUGCCUGUGCCCAGCCCGCCCAGCACCCGCUCCCAGCUUCACCUGCUCUGUGGGGCAGCUGCCUCCCGCGUCCGGUCAUGCAGUGGCUGUGGCCGCUGGCCGUUUCUCUCUCUGUGGUGUUGUGGGGCAGCACAGACUUUGGGGUGCAGGCCCAGGAGCAGCAGAGCCGUGCCAGGAGGGGCACUGAGGAAGAGGAGGCCAAGGGUGUGCAGCAGUAUGUGCCUGACGUGUGGGCUGAGUACCCCCGGCUCCUCAUCCCUGCGGACCCCAGGCCCACCAGGCCAUUGGUGGCCACCAGCCCCCAGCUGGGCCAUGACAGGGGUGCCCCGGAUGGUGGGCAAGAGCCACAGGGCAAUGUGACAGGAACGCUGGGGCAGAAGCUGCAGAUUCAGAACCCACUGUACCCAGUGACAGAGAGCUCAUCCAGCGCCUACGCCAUCAUGCUCCUGGCUCUCGUGCUGUUUGCCGUGGGCAUCGUGGGCAACCUGUCGGUCAUGUGCAUUGUAUGGCACAGCUACUACCUGAAGAGUGCCUGGAACUCCAUCCUGGCCAGCCUGGCCCUCUGGGACUUCUUGGUUCUCUUCUUCUGCCUCCCUGUCGUCAUCUUCAACGCGAUCACCAAGCAGAGGCUGCUGGGGGAUGUCUCAUGCCGGGCUGUGCCCUUCAUGGAGGUAUCCUCCCUGGGCGUCACCACCUUCAGCCUCUGUGCUCUGGGCAUUGACCGCUUCCACGUGGCCACCAGCACGCUGCCUAAGGUGCGGCCCAUCGAGCGCUGCCAGUCCAUCCUGGCCAAGCUGGCCGUCAUCUGGGUGGGUUCCAUGACGCUGGCCGUGCCUGAGCUGUUGCUGUGGCAGCUGGUGCGGGAGCCUGGCGCGGGGGGCACAGUGGACUCGUGCAUCAUGAAGCCAUCGGCCGGCCUGCCUGAGUCCCUCUACUCCCUGGUGAUGACCUACCAGCAUGCCCGCACGUGGUGGUACUUCGGCUGCUACUUCUGCCUGCCCAUCCUCUUCACCGUCACCUGCCAACUGGUGACAUGGCGUGUGCGGGGGCCCCCGGGCAGGAAGCCCGAGUGUCGAGCGGGCAAGCAUGGGCAGUGCGAGCGGCAGCUCAACCGCACGGUGGUAGGCCUGGCCGUGGCCUACGCCCUGUGCGCAUUGCCUGAGAAUGUCUGCAACCUGGUGCUGGCCUACCUCUCCACCCGGCUGGCCCACCACACUCUGGACCUCCUGGGCCUGGUCAACCAGUUCUCUGCCUUUUUCAAGGGUGCCGUCACACCGGUGCUGCUCCUGGCGCUGAGCCGGCCACUGGGCCGUGCCUUCCUGGACUGCUGCUGCUGCUGCUGCGAGCAGUGUGGUGCCUCCUCCUUCACGGAGCCUACUGCGGACAGCCCCGACGGCAAGCUCAAGACCGAGCUGGCCUCCCCCGUCUACUUCCACAAGCCCAGGGAGUCGCCCCCGCUGCUGCCCCUGGGAACGCCCUGCUGAGGCCCGGGGCACCUACCCUCGGGUGUGCAGGGCGUGGGGGCUGUUUUUGUCCCCAUGGGGGUGUGUCCAAGUCCCCUCCAUAAGCAGGGCCCUCCUGGUCACCCUGUGGAGCCCUUCAGGCCUGUCCUCUCAGCCAGUAGGUGGUGAAGUUUUGAGGCCCAUAGAACCUUCCAGAAGCUCAGUUCCCCUCCCCUGUGCAAAGGAGAUACACAAUGCCCCUCACCCCGCCAGCUCCUUGCCCCCACGAUUGCUGCCCUCC